AUGGCCUCUGAGCUCACCAAGAAGGAGAUCCAGGUGAGUACUUCACCAUAACAUUUUGCUUGAUCUUUGUGGUGGAGCACUGAUGUGCAAGUGUAGUUAAAGGGUACAAUAAAGCACUGUGAAAUGCCCCUUCAACAAAAUGAGGUGUGUUGAAUGAAACAGUAAGCAUUGGGUGACUUGUCGAAGGACUCCCUUGGGUCUAGUAAGCAGACGAAGCUUUGAUGUGAAUGGAGCUUUUCCUCCAUCAAAGUGAUGAUGAUGAUGAUCUCUGUGCUCUUGUCCGACUGUGUGAUCAGGCCUUCCGGGAGAGCGAGGAGGCCAAGAAGAGGCUGGUGGAGUCCUACGAGCUCAUGCUGGGGUUCUAUGGCAUCCAGCUGGUCAACAAAGACACAGGCGAGGUCAAACGUGCCGACAACUGGAAGGAACGCUUCGCCAACCUUGAACGGUGAGUUGCUGAAUCCAUGUCUUGGCCAACUUUACAGGGUGUGGUUUCUUAGGACCAUGUUAAACCACUUAUGACCAUUCUUGGACCAAUUUCUAAAUGAGAAACACUCAUUUCCUUGUGUCUUAGUUGUUAGGUGUUCACUGUGUGAAUAGGGGUCCUCCAUCUAAAUAUUGGUUGUGUUUUCUCUUGUCCCCCCCCUCAGGAACAUGCACAAUAACCUUCGCAUCACGCGCAUCCUGAAGAGCCUGGGGGAGCUAGGCUUUGAGCACUACCAGAGCCCGCUGGUGCGCUUUUUCCUGGAGGAGACACUGGUCAAGAAGAACCUGAGCAGCGUCAAGCGCAGCGUGUUUGACUACUUCCUAUUUGCCGUGCGUGACAAGCAGAAGCGCAAAGAGCUGCUGCGCUACGCCUUCCAGCACUUCGAGCCCAAGGACAAGUUUGUGUGGUGCCCCCGAAAGAUCCAGAAACAGCUGAAGAAGGCAGAGAAGGGGAACGGAGAGGGAGGGGAGGAGGGCCGCCCACGAGCCAAGGCUAGAGGAUUAGAGGCUGGGGGAGCCCAGAAGGAAGAGAAGGGUGUCACAGAGGAGGUGACGGAGACGGCCAAGUUGACUGAUCAAGCAGUGAGUAGUGACCGAGAUAAGCAGGCCGAGGGGUCUUCUGUUGAUCCUCCUGGGCCAGCGGUCUCCUCAGAGGACUCUGAACCACUGGGAAACGGGAACCGUAAUGAUACUAACAAUGUUGACAUGGACCAUUCAGGCAGCCCAGACCCUGAGUCUGUUAAAGGAGACCACAGUAUGGAGGAAGGACUCAAAGAGAACAGUCAAGCCAAGGACAGCAUCCAGAACUCAGUCCAUGUCAAGCCAGCUGCAUCUGAAAUGGAGUCUGAGAAGUUGGAGCAACCGACCAAGAAGAAAAGGGAAGGUCACAAGGGCGUGCCUAGCAACAGGCGGGAGGAAGGCACGGUUGUCCACAACAACAACCACUCCAAUCAGAUGAGCCUGUCCGUGACAUCAUCCCACAAAGCCAAGACUGAUGAUCCCAAAAAGAAUUCGCCCAAAAAGAAUUUGACCAAAAAGGAUUCGCCCAAAAAGGACUUGACCAAAAAGGAUUGGCCCAAAAAGGACUUGCCAUCUGACUCCUCAGAACGAGGUGAAAAACACCCAAGGACUGACUUUAGUGAUGUGACUGAUAACAACGCAGUGCCAGUGGGUGGGGAGAACACAGAGAAAGCUGUAAAGGGCCAGACAAAUGGGAAAGAAGUAAAAAAUGAAGUGGAGGUGAUGGAUGUGGAAUCCACCUACCAGCCAAGUUCAGACCAAGACAUGGGAUCUUCCUGA